AUGCCGCGACAGAAGCCCCAGCUGAUUCCCACUUCCUGGGCUUCCGUUCCGCAUGAUCGUUUGAGCCUGUUCAGACUCCCUCCCAAGCUGGACCUGACGCCCGCUGCCAUACCUACCGAGCAUGGUGAAACGGCCGACGCUGAAAAGACGGCCGGCACUCCACCAAGCAUUCUCCUCGAGCAGCCUCGUCCACCCACAGCCAGUAUAGCGGCACUACCUCCAGAAAUCGUCCUCGAGAUCGCCAGCUACCUCCACCCGGUCGACCGCAUCUGCCUCGCCCUGACGUGCAAGUCCCUCCUCUCCUCGACGCUGCAGACCCUCCGCUGCACGCCCACGGACUGGGUCUUCUUCCACGACCUCGGCUACAGCUGCCACAUGCCGAUGCUGUACGAGCGCCUGGCCCACGGCUGGAUCCCCCAGGACCGCUUCCGCUACUGCCCGCAGUGCUACAAGAUCCUGCCGCGCUGCCCAGAAUACUUCAAGCAACGCCUGCGCCGGACGAAGAAGCCCAAAUACGACGGCCGGGUCGCGUGCACGGGCGUCACCGAGAAGCGGUGGAACAGUAUGAGCAAGAAGAAGAGGUACGCCCACUUGCUGCACUAUUGGUGUCACUCGGAGGGGCAGAAAGACAACACCAUCGAUUCCUUCUGCUUGUAUUGUCGGGAGAAGAUGGUCCGGGAGGGGCGGCGAGACUGCGAGUUCGAACUCGACAGCGAGCGGGGCACCUGUUCCGCCGCCGCGGAAGCCGUGGUUCCGCAAGACAGUAGGUACCUGUUGUCGGCACUUUUGGCUGCCGCUGGAGUUGCUGGCUUAUUGGACGCUGUUCUGUUGCGUGUGGGGCGUCAAGUUUGUGUGUGA